GCAAGUUUGAAACAUUUCAUGAAAACAUGUUGUGAAGUAUACAAGCUGUGAAAACUAUUUUUUUUUUUUUUUGCAGUCUCAGUGUAUCACAAGCAGAUGGUCUACCCAGCAGUUGCAGCGUCAGGCCUUCUGCACUAUUUCUAUUUGUCAUCAUUAGAGCCAGUGUGGCCUGCACACUCCACACUCCGCCACAGUUUACUUUGCUUUGCAGCACCCCCUCCUGUGUGUGACAGGCUGCUGUGACAGCCAGCCCAUGUAAGGAGAGUCCACUCACUGUUACUAUGGAAACGAGUAAACUGUGCACAGGGAAUUGGGCUGAAAAGGAGAAGAAGAGUUGAGUGUACAGGACACAAAGGCCAUCAGGGGUAUGCACAUAGAGAGAGAAAGUGUGUUCAGGAUUGGUUUCCUUUUGUCGGCAGAGCAGAACUGAUGUACAUCCCCUUUACCCAGCCAUUACUCGAAAGAUGCCAGUUGCACCGAGGUCAUCUGCGAGCUGUGCUAAGAUGCAGACCAAACUGAGCGCCUGGACUCCUCUGAACCACCCAGAGUCCAACAGCAAGGUGUUUGAAGAGAGGCGGAAGCUUCUGGCAAAGUGGUUUGCCAGGUGGUCUGACAGCCAGAGGAAGGCGCUGCUGCAGGACUUUGUGCUGAGUUGUUCUGUGGAGCAGCUGAUGUUCCUGCAGCUGACUGUGAGCAGCCGGCUCCCCCUGCAGGCCGCAGACUUCACCUGCCUGCUGCCCAGAGCCCUCUGCCUCUACCUGUUCUCCUUCCUGGACCCACGCAGCCUCUGUCGAUGUGCCCAGGUGAGCUGGCUCUGGAGGAGCAUAGUGGAACUGGACCAGCUGUGGAUGCCAAAGUGUGUGAGGCUCGGCUGGUGCAUCAACUUCUCCCCGACCCCGCUGGAGCAGGCCGUCUGGAAGAGGCUCUACAUCCAGACGUUGCAGGAGCUGCGAGUCACCUCGCUGCAGGCUGUCUCAUCCCAGCAGCAGUCUGUGGUUCCACACGUAUCAGCCAUCAGCAGCAGACAUGGAGAUGUGUCUGAACCGGCCUUCAUCAGCGAGGAGCGAUCAACCUCCACCACCCCCGCCCAGACCCGUGGAGGCAUCUCCAGGACGGGGUUCAGAAAGGAGAAGCAGCCGACUACACCGCCACCAUGGAAAGAUUCCGACAGACGUCCUACAGACACACUACGCUUCAACUACCUGGACAACCUGGAGCCCAGUGAAGCAGCUGUCAGAGCAGGCUCCAGCGGCCGCCGCGGCAACAACACAUCACAGCCAGACGGCGGGAGCCAGAAAACACUGUCUGAGGCACAUUACAAACUACGCAAAGCCAAAUCGCUGAUGUUUCUCAGCUCCAACUGCAGACCCCAACAUCCUCCUCCUCCCCCUCCUCCUCCUCCUCCUCCUCAUCAUGAGACCCAGUCUCGACCUUCUUGGGCUGCUCGCAGUCCCGAGCCCGCCGUUACCAAGGAGACGGCCAAGAGCAUGCUGCGCCUGGCCCGGUGGAAUGCUGGGAUCCGUCCGGGCCCGGUGAGGCCGGCGGUGCCCCGGCUGAGCGUGGAGGCGCUCCGGGCGGCCCAGCGAACACACCGGAGCGCUCCCAGUACACAGCUGUUCCAGGCUCAGCCCUGGACUGUUCCUGCUCCACACACACACAAGACAUGAAGUGAGCCAUCGCCAUCGUCAGGGCGACGGCACAACUACAGCUUCAGGACCCGAUUUAGAGCUACAGCUUCACAUGGGAAAGAAAAAAAGAAUUUUAUAAGACAUUUCAGUUGUAGAAUGCAUUCCAUGUUUUUGCACAUGGAAUGCAUUCUCUUUGCAAGCUAUUGUGUAAACACUGCAUUGGCUGGAGAUUAGAAGAGACAUGAAAAUGAUGAUGAAAAUUUGACAUUUACAUAUCAUUAUUUUUGACAUUGUGCGAAAAGAAAUUGGCAGAAAUUACUUAAGGGCUGAAUCAUCUGAAACUUUACAGAACUUACACCUCCCCGUGGCUUUACACUGAAGGAGAAAAAUCACUUUUUUUACAGCUAUAAAACAAGUUAGAAGCCUGAUAGUUAUAGGACAGCAUCUUGAAUAUUUAAACAGUUCUGUGAUUGUUUUUAAUAACUUUUUCCAGAUGUAAUUCUUACACUGUGAAGGUUUUGACCACUAGCAGCUGAUUCAAAUAUGCCUAGAAAUGUAGCUAUGUGCCAGCAAAAUGCUCCACAGUGUACCUUUCAUUAUUAGAAUAAUAUAACAAUACAUAGUUAUCUGAUAUGGAGAGAACGGUAGUUGUGUAUCUAUGGAAGCAAAUAAGAGACUAAAGUAUUUCACUACUUUCACUUUUAACAGCCACUGAAUACUUAAUGUUGAAAUAUUUUACUUUGCCAUGUAUCUGAUUGUAUUUGUUCUGAAUUCCCCCUCUUUAAAAUAAAACCAUGAACUGUCUUAAUAUGCAAUUUCAAAAGCUGAAUUUGAAUUCUUUUUUUUUUUUUAAAUGGUCACACAUUCAGAUCCAAAAAUUGAAGUUUCAGAAUAAAAACAAAAGAUUCAGGUUGCUCAAAUUCCAUCGGUCAAAUUCAGAUCUAAA